ACCGCGAUAUAAUAGGAGCCGGUGACACACAGUUCACAUGCAUGACGUAUUGCAUACCGAUGAAUGACGAGAUCGCAAGUUGAAUUAUAGUCCUUCUAACAUAUUUUAUCGAUAAAAUGUUGGCUGAAUACCCAGCCGUUGUCGACUUCGACUUUUCUCCCAUUCCGAGCCCCCUCUUUGGCAAGGAUGAUACUUUCCUCCUGUGUUACCAUGGUGAUCAUGAGACGGAAGUGCCACUCAGCCGUGGGUUUGACCCAACUUUACUAAAUGAGGAAGAGGACGAUGUGAGCUCCAUCUCGGCCAGCAUUCAAUGCUCAGAUACCCUGGAAGAGAAUGAGGAUCUACCCUACCAUCUAGUGGACUCUUCCUACCCAGACACUGUGAUUGGGCCAUCGACCAGCCAGGACUCUCCCAUUCAUGGCCAAGGGGUGGAUGUGAAUGAUGAAAUCGAGGGGCUCUUUGGGAGUGUUGACUUUCUGAACAGCAGCUAUCUGGAUCUAGCGCAAGAACCUGUAUCCUUGGAUGUCCCUAAUGUCCUUCAACCAGUUGAAGAGGAUUUUGAUCUCAGUUGCUUGGAAGAGGUACAUGAAGAAAAUUGCCAUAGUGGCGGGUCAAAGGUCGCAGAUCAUUGUAUCCCCUCUACAUCAUCAACAUCCGGGAAACGGAAGCGGAAGAAGAAGAUGGAGGAUAAGGGAUGGGGUGAGAUGGAUGGAGAUGAGAAGGAAGAAGUAGCAGAACACCUGUCUUCAGUGCUCAGAUCACUGCUUGGCCCAAGAGAGCGGUUAGAAGUCAUGUCUCUGAUCUCACAGGACUUGGUCAAUGAGAGGAAUCUAGUUAUAGAACCACACAUGCUGAGUGAAUCGACCUUGGCGAAGCUGGAAACCUACUUAGAGGAACAGGAGAUGACCGGAGAAGCCAGCGAUUCCGAAAUCAUCUCGGAGCCAGAGAGGAUGCGUAGCUAUGGCAACGCCACCAAGAGAAAGUGCUCUAGUCUCCCCGCAUCACCUCAGCAUAGAGGGAGCUUCUCAGAAAGAUCGCCCUCGCUAGGGGUCAAAAAGCAGUCUGGUCAGCAGAAGUCUCUGAGAGGUUGGAAACGAAGAACUCGUAAAGAUUACAGACAGGCCUCCAAGGAAAGGAGAAGCGGACUAUUCCAUAAGGAAGAGGUCAUCUCAUUAUCAACAAGUAUAGGCGAAGAGGAAGAAUCUGGCGAAGAAAUUGAUAUAUUAGCCUAGCCCAUGUAUUGGAAAACAGUAGAUAAAUAUUUGGGUACUUGAAAAUGAUAAUAAAGGUAGAUUUUAGACAGGAAACAGUACACAAACCGCAAUGAAAAUUUUUCU